AUGGAGACUAUGAAGUCCUCCCUCAGGAAGCUACAGGCUCAGCUGCGGGCAAUGGAAUCGAAAGGUAAGAGUGACAGUGACAUGUGCAGUGUCCUCAGUGCAGUGGAGGGGGCGUCUGACUGGCUCCGCAUUGCUCCCAGGCCUAGACCUCUUUCAAACUCCCAGGAACUGGGGAGGAGGAAUGUCGACAGCCGCAAGGAGGAUGUAGAGCAUCCCCAACGGUCAGGUGUCCCUUCGGUAGAUCCUGACGAAGCGUUCCAGGCUACCUUGGAUAACCGCUGUAAAGGCAUCCUAAGAGAGUGUUUUUUGGCGUCUGAUUCGUCUUCUCCUAAGCGUGGCUGGAGUUCGGCCACGGAGUCGCGCCCCUUGAAGAGAGCUUGGAAUUCGCCUAGAGGAGAUGCCUUCGAUUCAAGCCCGGAGCGCUUCCCAGAGGAUUUGCCUUCAGGCAGUAAGAAGGCUAGACGACCUGCACCCUCUCCACAAGAUCCUACAAAGCGAUUCCUCAUAAGCUUACAAGAACAGUUGUCCUCUCUUGUAGGCUCCUUCUCUAAGGAUUCUUCACGAAGGAAGGACGUCUCUCUUCCAGUGAAGAGCUCUAAGAGGUUUCCCUCUUGUAGCAAGCGCUCCUCUCUGUCUAGGAGGGAACUCUCGGAUUCGUCCAGGCGCACUUCGCCUGGUAGGCGCUCACCUUCGCCCUAUAGGCACUGUUCUCCUCCUGCCAGGCGCUCUCCCCAGAGCAGGCACCAUGAGCCUAACAGGAGCACCUCUGCGCACAGGCGCAAAGAUCUCAACCCCUCUCCUGUCAGGCGCCAGUAUCCCAGCAGUAGCCUCUCUCCUAGGAGGCGCCAGGCCCUAGGUCCCCUCAAGGAUCAGGAUUCGCCCAGGAUCUACUCUUCAGUUGAGCGCCAGGAUCCCAUCAGGCGCCAGGAGCCUAGCAAGCGCCAGGAUUCCAUUAGGCGCCAGGAUACCAUCAAGCGCCAGGAGCCUAGCAGGCGCCAGGAUCCCGUCAGGCGCCAGGAUCCCGUCAGGGGCCAGGAGCCUCCCAGGCGCCAGGAACCCAGCAGGACCCCUUCUCCUGUGAGGAGUUCUCCAGUGGAUAAGAGCCCCUCUCCUCUCAAACGACAGGAGCCUUGCAGUAUCUCGUCUCCUUUUAAGAGCCCCCCUGCAGCCAGUAGCAGCAGGCGUAUGACUCAUGACAGGCGCACACCUUCACGUGACAGGAGUCCUUCUCCUUCUCAGAACUCCUCCCCUACGAAGCGCUCUUCCACAGCUGGAGUGUUCGAGGAGUUUUCUGAUGACGAUUUGCCAGUGGACGCGGUGGUGUUCGAUUAUAAGGCUUUCUUCGCUUCUCCUCAAGGAGUUUGGAGACAUCCUGCAUCCAGCUGA